AUGAAUUCCAGGCUAGUAAAAUUAAUAAAAUUAGGACAAAUGCGUUACGAUCCAUGUCUUAAAUUACAAAACCAUUUAUCAGAAACAUUAAAAACAACAGCAAUUAAUGAAUGUGGUUACCUCAUUAUUGUGGAACACGAACCAGUGUACACUAUUGGUAUCAGGCAACGAGACUAUGAUAUUCUUUUGGAAAAUAAUUUAGUUAAAUUGGGCGCAGAGUUUAAACGCACCAACCGUGGAGGUCUCAUAACUUUUCAUGGACCCGGGCAGCUGAUCGCUUAUCCAAUUUUAAAUCUAAAAUAUUUUCAACCUAGUGUACGUUGGUAUGUUACAAAUCUAGAAACAACUAUUGUAAACCUCUGCAACAAAACAUAUGGUCUCAACGCAAAUACUACUCCUGAUACGGGAGUCUGGAUCGGUAAUAAUAAAAUAUGUGCUGUUGGCAUCAGGUGUAGCCGAUAUGUUACUACACACGGAAUCGCCCUAAACUGCAAUACUGACUUAUCUUGGUUCAAACAUAUUAUACCUUGUGGCUUACACAACAAAGGAGUUACUUCUCUGAGUUCAAUUUUAAAAAAAGAUAUUUCCAUCAAUGAUGUCUUACCAAAUUUCCUAAUACAUUUUAGUAAAUCUUUUUCUUGUGAAAUUGUAAAUUCUGAACUUGAUGAAAUAAAAUAA